UUGAUUUUCAUCUCACUUCCACGUGGAGACUUGAAGGCAGCCAGACCUGAACAUGGCUACAUCCUUAUUAUUGCUAAACUCUCUCCAUGUGACACUACUUUUUCUUCUGCAGCACGGUGAGUUUUAAGGAUGCUUUGCUAUAUAUCAGGGAUGUGUUAAAAUACAUUUUUAAACAGUUUGAUUUAGUUAUUUUAACAGACUUUAUCUGCUGUAGGUGACGGCUUUCAGGAGGAACUUGAUCUCUGUGAUCCAUCUUGUGUUGGUUUUCCUGCCUCUGACUUGUCUGGUCAGCGAGGGAUGAGGUACACUUACAGAUACAGCACCACAAUUACCACAGCGCUCCGUGGUUCCACUACAGGCAGGAAUGGCCUGGCUUUGGACUGUGUGGUUGAUAUCGAUGUGGUUUCCAGAUGUCACUUGAUGAUGCAGAUUAGGAAUUCACAGAUAAAGCAACGUUCACCUGAGAAGGAGCACUCCGUGCACCGCGUAAAAAUCUUGAGGGAGUCACUGGAGAGAACGCGCCUCAAGUUCUCCCUCCAGGGGGGAAAGGUCACAGCCCUUUGCAUCCAGAAGGGGGAGCAGGUGUGGGCCCUCAAUAUUAAAAGAGCUGUGCUGAGCAUGCUCCAGACCUCCCAGACAGCAGCCUCUGGACGGGAACUAGAGGAAGAGACAGACGUGUAUGGGACUUGCACCAGCAGUUAUGAGAGACGAGGAUCUGUGAUGCUGAAGAUCAGGAAUCUCAAGCAGUGUCACAAGCACAGGCUGGCAAACUUCUGGCCCCAUGCAGUUCCACUGUCUGAAGAUACAUCUCUGCAGUCUGAGCUGCACUGUAUUCAACAGCAUGGAUCUACAGUGAUGGAGGGGGUCAAUUGUACAGAAACAGUUUCUAUGGCAACGUGGUCCAGAUAUGCAGGACUGGUGAAGACCCAAACAGUGGCCACAUUGGUCUUGCUCAGAAUCCAGCCAGGAACACCUCCAGGUGUAGAUUCCUUAAGUCGGGGAGUUCUGACUGACCUGCAGUUUGAUGAUGAUGGUGUUUCAUGGGCUGGAAAAGAGCGCACCUCAACACCUCAGCGUGCCAGUCAAACUGUCAGGAGCUUAUGUGGCCUCACCUCAGAGUCACAACAGUUUGACACCUAUGCCGUAUGUGCUGCAUGUGAGCAGCUAAUGCAGAAUGGUGACGAGUAUGUCGGAAGGCAGAGUUUAAUCGAGGUAGAAGAGAUAAGCUAA